CCUGGCUGGGAGCCGGCACCCGUCGGCUGAGAGCUCGCCAUGAAGCGGCCCAGGGAGCCCAGCUGCUCCGACAGCGAAUCCGACGGACCCAUCGACGUGGGCCGCGAGAGCGAGCUGAGCCAGAUGGCCAGGCCGCUGUCCACCCCCAGUCCUUCCCAGAUGCAAGCCAGGAAAAAACGGAGAGGGAUCAUUGAGAAGCGGCGCCGGGACCGCAUCAACAGCAGCCUCUCUGAACUGCGGCGCUUGGUCCCCACCGCCUUCGAGAAGCAGGGCUCCUCCAAGCUGGAGAAAGCCGAGGUCCUACAGAUGACGGUGGACCACUUGAAAAUGCUCCACGCCACUGGUGGGACAGGAUUCUUUGAUGCCCGAGCCCUGGCAGUCGACUUUCGGAGCAUUGGUUUUCGGGAAUGCCUCACGGAGGUCAUCAGGUACCUGGGCGUCCUGGAAGGGCCUGGCAGCCGUGCAGACCCCGUCCGGAUUCGCCUUCUCUCCCAUCUGAACAGCUAUGCCGCAGAGAUGGAACCUUCACCCACACCCACUGGUCCCCUGGCCUUCCCUGCCUGGCCCUGGUCCUUCUUCCAUAGCUGUCCUGGGCUGUCAUCCCCCAGCAGCCAGCUCGCCAUCCUCGGAAGAGUGCCCGGUCCUGUCCUCCCCAGUGCCUCCUCUCUUGCUUACCCCAUCCCGGCCUUCCGAACCACUCCCGUGCGUAGAGCUGCCGGCACCAUCCUGCCAGCCCGGAGGAAUUUGCUGCCUAGUCGAGGGGCAUCUGCUGCCCGGAGGGCCCGCCCCCUGGAGAGGCCAGCUGCACCCCUGCCCCUGACCUCAAGCAGCAGGGCUGCCCGGAGCAGCCACGUCACACCCCUCCUGCGCUCUCCUUCCCCCACACCUCUUGGCGUGAUGGGGUCCCCUGCUUAUGCGGUGGUUCCUGCUCCUAGGCCCUCUUCUCCAGGGCCAGCUGGGAGGCCAGCCGGAGCUGUGUGCUGCCACUCCUGGGUCUCUGAAAUCACUGAAAUCGGGGCUUUCUGAGCUGGCUUUCCGCCCAGGAGUGAGGAGAGUCCUUUUUCCAGGAGCUCUAAAAAUGGCGCUGCCUUUUCUGCUCUACUUCCUGGACUAGCUUCUAGAUGAAGGCAACUUCACCCAUCAGAGGCCCAUUCCUCCUUCAGCCCAUCAGCCCUCCUCACUGCUUGUCUUGCUUGUCCAGCCAGCUCUCCGAGCUGUUCUGAUCUCAGAGGCUUGGUCUCAUUUCUUACCUGGACACAUGAGUUCAGGGAGAGCCCCUAAGGGCCAUACCCAGUCUGGAGCAGCAGGCUGACUCUCAGCUCUGGGAACAAAGCUUUAACCUGAAAGCACAAUGGCCUGAGGCAGGCUGCUUCCCUCGAGAGGGGUCAGAACCAGGACGUAGUGUCUACCUUGCUCCCUAAAACCAGUAACUGAGCAGGGGCCACAAAGAAGUCUCUUGGGAACUGUUUCUGCCCUUGCCCCUUCCCACUUGUCUUUGGCCUACUCCACUGCAGCUGGACAGGUCCCAUUGCAGCCAGACAGGCCCACUGUCCACUAUGGUCAAGCUCUGGGGACUGGAGUCCCAGCAGGUCCUUCUCCCAUCAUCUUCCUGGCUGCAGACUCCCACCCUCCAGUUGACUGACAGCUCCCUGCAAACAGCUGGGAGGUUUCCAGGCAGCACUAAUGCUCAGAGACAGGGCAUCCUCACAACCAGAACUCGGACAGUCCCCCCAGACGGGAGCCAGGAUUGAGCAUCUAAGGACCCCUCGCCCUGCUGCUCGCAGGUGUGUGGUCCUCGCCGGCGCAUGGUGUGAGGGCAUGUUCCCACGUGAUGGGGCCCAGAGAAGAAUCCUCUGGGGAUUCAGCACCAGACGUUUCGAUGCCUGGUUUGCAUCCAGCUCACGGAGCACAGACUGCUGGAACGGCCAAGGGCUGUCAGGCCGGACAAAAAUAACUGCAAGGAGGGGCGAGAGGAAGGACAGUCAGAGGCGGCUAGGCCCUUCAAGGUCACACAGUGGGUGGAGGGCCUGAGAUCCUGUUCACCCAGGAUUCCACACAGCUGGCUCUGCUCAGAGGUCAUUUCAUCAGCCAGCUCCAACCCUGGCCACUUUUGCCCAACCACUGUUCCCGGCGGGAGCAUAGAGAUGAGAUGGGGCAGACGUGGGACUGACAUGCAGCUGGACUGGUGUCACCAGACCAGUUGUUAAGAUGUAGAAACACGGCUGUGGUAAAUGUCAUCGGUAAAAAACGGGGGCUCCUGAGGUUUCCCCCCAGGACCCCAUGAUCUGUCUCAUACCCCAAGGCCACGCUUCUUCCAGCUGGCAGUUCAUGGCUGCUUAUUCUACAUCUGUUGUUAAAUACUUCAAAUAUCACCCCUGGGAAGAUUCUCCCCCUGACUCUUUGAUGGAACUACCCCCGCGGCUGAAUUGAGGAACGUUCAUGAGCUCAAAGAUAGAGUUUACAGAAACCCUGGGGGGAAAGGGUGCUUUCAGAGAAGUGGGUAAGAGAGCAGAGGUCACUUAAGUGACCCAGAAAGCUCUUUUGAAAGUCCUCGCUCUGUGGCAUAAAGAGCUGAAGUAGUUCUUUCACUCCUUAGUGGGAGUCAGCUUGCGCCGUUGUCCUGGACCAUCUGAGCUGCACAGCAGUGAGGAGAGAGGGCAUCCCUUUAGGGAGUGGGUCACCCGCCAGCAUUGCCCCUGAGGGAGACAGAUAGUGGGAGGGAGAGGAAGGGCAGGGCGCUGGGCAGGUUCCCAGGAGCUGGGAGACGGGGGAGAGAGGGAGGUAGCAGGAGACUAAGACCAACUUCACCUUUCUCAAAAAAAGAUCAGAAAAACUGCUUCCUCUCUCCUUUCUCCUCUCGCCCUCCUUCCUCCCUCCCUCCUCUUCUCCCUCCUCCCCAUCCCUCACCUGCUCUCCUCCUUUCCUCCUCUCCUAGCCUGCCUCAGGUGGCAGCUUGCUGUCCCCAGGAGACCAGGCCACUCCCUAGCCUUCUACUCACAGUGGGACUGUGGGAUGCACAUUUCUAUGUCUCAAGUCCCCAACUCCAGAAGAGCCCGUUGACACCAUUGAAUGAGGUGGAAAUGGCCCAGAACUUUCAUCAUGUUGGUUGAUCUUGUUUCAUCCUCCCAGAAAUAUGGACGGUGGGGGCAGGGCGGGAGGAGGUAACUGUAUGUAUUUGUUUCCAGAGUUGACGACUUGUUUAUAUUCCCAGGCCUUUCUGGUGCCCCUGACUCCCACCCCAUGCUGGGGUUGUCGCAGACAGCCAAUAAAGCUUUUUUUUUUUUAGUUCUGGAAAUCUUUAAGAAAUUCUACUUCUUAACUAUCUCUGGAGUCCGUCCACUUGUCUGUGAGCCCACAGCCGUCCCCCUGGUCUGGCUCAUCACCUCCCCCAGUCACUGCUCUCGCUGCUAAAGGGUUACCUUGAAUCUCUAAUUCUGUCUCAACAGCAACCAGAGGGGGCUUGAACAUAUAAAUCAUAUCAGGUCAACUCUAAUCUCAAACCUGUAGUCUAUUACCUUAUCAUCCUAAAAAGAAAAUCCAGGCUCUCUGCAGAUCCCAACCUCAUGUCCAGUCUCAGUUUCUGUUAGAACAAUCUUAUGUCUGUACUUAUGCCACGCUGGCCUGCCUUCACUUCCUCAGUGUCCCACCCUCCAGCCCACCUCCAGGACUUCGUGUAUGCAGUUCCCGUUGCUCAGAAUGCUCUUUCUGCCUUUUGCAUGACUGAACUCUUCAUACCGUCAGGCCUGGGCUGAAAAUUCACCUCCUCAGAGAGGUCUUCCCUGAUUACAGUACUUGAAUAAUCCAUGUCAAAGUCUCCAAUUCUGUUCCUCCAUAAGGAACUUUCCAUUGCACAUCCACUUGUGUCUGCUUCUUGGUAUCUCCCCUACCAGGAUGUAAGCUCCAUGAGGCCAGGAGCCAUGCCUAGGCUGCUCUCCACCCUCUAUUCAGUGCCAAACACAGUGCCUGGCUCAUAGUCAGUAUUCAAUAAACAUUUGUGGAAUAAAUGAACUAGGAAAUUGAGGAAUCUCCCAGACUCUUGCUGCUGGACAGUACAGGCUCCUCUAGGGAUGAACACCCCAGCUGACUGACGUUGGGGAUAGGCUGGAGAACAGAGUGAGAACAGGGCCAGGGGACUGCAAGUUCUAGCAAAUGGCGCAGAAGCUUGGGCCAAAGAAAAGUGGAGUGUGUUGACUCUGGAGGGCACCGACUGCUGAGAGUGGCAGGCUGUCCCUGCCAGCAGUAUUGUUCUUCACUCUUGGUCUGGCUCACAAUAAAUCCAACAAACAUUUGCAGAGUUCUGCUCUGUGCCAGGCCUCAUGCAACAAAGCCAGAGGUAACAGAGGGCAUUGCUGCCCCGAGGGGUUGUAACGCUACAGUUGUAAUCUCAGCGACAGUUGGUGAGGUGAGAGUGGAGAGUGUUCUUUUGAGAAGGCUGAGGGGACAGAGUGGAGCAGCUGCUGCUAUCUGAGGCAGCAUAGAAGAGGGGAGCACAGGAAGGAAGCCUUCCUGGAGGAGGAGGCAUUCUAACAUUCUAAUAGCAGAGAGAAUCUUCUGAGCAAGGUGACCUCAUCAAGGCGCUUCUGAAAGCUGGCUCUGAGUUGAGCACAGGCCUUCAGUGACAGGGCCAAAGCAGGCUGGUCUAGGCACUGAAGCCAGACUUCCUGGCUCAGGCCCCAGCUCCUUCAUUUAUCAGAGCUGUGACCUUGGGCAAGUUACUUAACACCUCUGCACCCCAACACUCUAUAAAAAAAAUGAUGCAAUAAUUGUUACCAACACCCUGCUAAAUGCUUUUCUGGGCGUGUUCCCAUUUUACAGAUGAGGAAACCAGGCCCAGGUGAUUAAUGACUAAGGUUAGGUGAGAAUGGCAUGGGAGAACAUGUGUGAAGCCUUCAGAGCAGUCCUUGGGCCACAUGGACCGCUCAGUCAAUCUCAGUCACUCAUGUUCAUGGAAAGAGGCUGGAUUCAGAUUGCGAAAGGCCUCAGGGGUCAUGUAGAGUUUGCACAUCAGCCUGUCGGCAACGGCAAACACAGAAGGUUUUGCCAGGGGAUGGCCAAGGUCAGCCCUUUAAGAAACACUUGUUUGGGGUGGUGUGGAUAACUGACCCGGAAGAAGAGAAUGUAGACUCAAUUCCACCUAUUCCCUGGGAACACCUAGAUGCUUUAAAAACACCAAUGCCCAGGUUGUGUUGGGCAGCCCAGAAAGAGCUGUGAAGAAGUUAGAAUUUCUGUCCCAGUGGAGGUAAAUUUCCAUUUAGUAGGUGAACUGGACUCCAACGUGUGUGCCUGGGAAGAGCUGAUGCUUCCUGAGAAAGCAGAAAUUAAUUUCCACAAGGGCAUCUCUAUCUUCCAGUCCCAUCCUACCCCUGACCCAUAGUAGUUGCUUAAAAAACUGUCGAAAGUUUUAAGGACUUUGGCCUCCCUGGCGGCCCAGGGGUUAAAGUCUCAGCGCUAUGAAGCUAUCGGCAGCCACUGCAGUGGGAGUUUGAUCCGGGCAGGGAGCUGAUCCAUGUGGCACAGCAGACCUCUCCUGUCUCACCUUCUGCUCCCCUCAGCAGUGUAUUUCAGUAGAUCUGCCUGUUCUGCUCCCCACUCUGUCUCUGGUGAAUCCUUUCACCCCUCCCUACCCCUGCACUUCUGGCCUACACCCCAGUUCUUGUAUGCAUACAUAAAUAAAAUAACUCUUUUUUAAAAAAGGAAAGUUUUAAUGACUUGUAAUGCAUUCAAGAGUCACUGGAUAUUUUAGGGCUUGGUGGCACUCAAGACUUUAGUUUCCAUCUCGCCUUCCUGGAGAAAGAAGAUUGGAAGAAGACUGGACAGCAGCUGACCCCACUAAUAACAGUAAAUGCUUUCAAGCCCUUGACUUCCAUGAUCUCGUAUAAUCCUCACCUUGCCUGUGAAUUAUUAUCCCCAUUGUACAGAAAAUGACACUGAAGUAAAAGUGCCCCAAACCUGAAACACUAAUAAAUGACAAAAUUAAAACUGGUGUCUGCUUGAGUCCAU